AUGCCUGACGAGUUCCUUGCUAGCAACCCCCCCCCGCUCUGGCUCACUCUCUACCACAUCGUCACCCGCCUCCCUGACUCUCUGCGCGCAGUCAGGGAUCACUUUCUAGCUCGCUGCCCCACUGAGCUCACCAUUGCCCUCCUCGAGAAGGAACUACUUGCAGCUGAGGCGAGCAUCGUCGCUGUAGGUGCCUCUCGUGGCGAGCCCCGCACCCCCUUCUUUGAGGGGUGUUCCCCUUCCCCCCUUCUCCCCUCUGUCGCCUCUGCUGCUGCUGUCGACCUCCUUGGUGCUGAGAAGGUCGCGACCGCGUCUGCUUCGAGCGGGCGCCGCAGGAACAAAGGGGGCAAGGGUGGAGGUGGCGGCGGGGGAGGCGGGGGUGGAGGCGGUGGGAGUGGAGGAGGGGCUGGAGAGGCUAGUGGCGGCAGUGGGGGUGGUGACGGCAGCGGCGGGGGCGGUGGCAGGGGCGGGGGCGGCAGCGGGGGCGGAGGUGGUCGUGGCAGCGGCAGAGGAGGAGGUGGUCGAGGAGGUGGCGGCGGCGGUGGUGGUCGUGGAGGAGCUGGCGGUGGUCUGAGCCAGCAGCACACUCCGUCGCUCCAGGAGGCCCGUGAGUGGUAUUCCCAGCGCCCGGGGGCGCGUGGCUUUAGCUGCACGUACGUCAUCCGCACUGGUGACCGCACUGGUCAGACGUGUGGGAGGCCGCACCCCACGCACCGCUGUUUCUCGCGCCUUGACGACGCUUGGCGCGCUCAGUUCCCUGACGGCGGUGAGCUGCCCCGCUGGCUUGAUCUGGAGAGGAAGGGAGUUGAUAUCUGGGCUCUAGACUUUGAUGCUAUUCUCACUGCCAUGUAUGCGAUGUUUACUAGUGGAGAGGGUGCUCAGUACUUGCGUGUUCCGCCCGACCCGGGCAUUCUGACCAGUGAGGCUGCUGCUCUAGGUGCUAGUGAGGCUGCCACUGCAGGUACUCGCGUGUCUGCCACCUCAGGUGAUGGUGAGGCUGUCGCUCUAGGUGCUAGUGAGUCUGUCUCCCCUGGUACUGAGUCGACUGAGGCACUGCACACCUUCACCCUGGACUCAGGUGCUUCUCGCUGUUUCUUUCAUGACCGCACUGCCCUUGAGCCACUCGCUCGGCCAGUUGCUGUCUCCCUCGCUGACCCCUCUGGGGGUCCGGUCAUUGCGACCUCCUCCACUGUUCUUCCCUAUCCUGCGGUCCCGUCUGGCACACUGUCUGGUCUCCACCUCCCCUCGUUCUCUACGAACUUGGUGGCGGGCUGUGCGCUCCAGGACGCGGGUGUUCACCAGUUCACCCCUGCCUACAAGCGCGUGACACACUGCACGUGUGCUCGGACGGGCCGUCACCUGGCUACCUUCACUCGGCAGCCGGGGUCGGACCUGUACACACUGACCACUGAGUCCCCUCAGGUAGCUGCGUCCGCGUCUGCGUCAGGUCAGCUGUCGGCCCCCUGCUCGUGUCGCUCUCUGGCGCACGACACCGUCCUCUGGCACCACCGACUUGGCCACCCGUCUGUGCAGCGCCUUCGUGCCAUGCACAAACGGCAGCUUGUCUCUGGUCUUCCCAGGGUGCUCCCUCCCCUCCCACCCUCGCCUGCUCCUCCCUGUCUUCCCUGUGUCGAGGGGCGGCAGCGCGCCGCUCCUCACUCCUCCUCCUUUCCCCCGACGACUGCUCCCUUGCAGACGCUCCACCUGGACGUGUGGGGCCCAGCCCGCGUCCGUGGACAGGGUCAGGAGAGGUACUUCCUGAUUGUUGUUGACGACUACUCUCGCUACACCACGGUCUUCCCCUUGCGCACCAAGGGUGAGGUCCCUGAUGUCUUGAUCCCUUGGAUCCGCAGAGCUCGUCUUCAGCUCAGCGAGCGUUUCCGCUCGGACUUUCCUGUCCUGCGUUUGCACUCUGACAGAGGUGGUGAGUUCACCUCCGACCUUCUGGCAGCCUACUGUGCCGAGCACGGCAUUGAGCAGUCGUUCACGCUUCCGGCCUCUCCACAGCAGAAUGGGGUUGCUGAGCGCCGCAUUGGCUUGGUCAUGGAGGUCGCUCGUACCUCCCUGAUCCAUGCGGCUGCUCCCCACUUUCUGUGGCCGUUUGCGGUCCGAUACGCUGCGCAUCAGCUCAACCUCUGGCCCCCUUUUGUUCGCGACACGUCCGCGGACAAGCUCUCCCGUCGCGCUGUUCCUUGUGUCUUCCUUGGCUUUGUCCCGGACGCCCCUGGUUGGCAGUUUUACCACGUCACCUCGCGCCGGGUUCUGCCCUCUCAGGACGUCACUUUUGACGAGUCCGUCCCCUACUACCGCCUCUUCCCCUACCGCACUGCCCCGCUCCCUCCCCCGCCUCUCUUCCUCGCGCCAGGUGCUGCUGUGGUAGACCCCCUCCCCCCUCAGGGUGCCGCUCCCUCAGGUGUGUCCCAGGUAGACCCGGUUGAGCCUGUCGAGGUAGCUGUCGACUCUCGUCCUGCUAGGGGUACUGAGCCUGAGCGUGAGGAGCCUGGCGGUGCUGAGUCUGGGGGUGCGGAGCCUUGGGGUGCUGAGCCUGGGGGUGCGGAGCCUGGGGGUACUGAGCCUGGAGGUGCGGAGCCUGGGGGUGCUGAGCCUGGAGGUGCUGAGUCUGGGGGUGCUGAGUCUGGGGGUGCUGAGCCUGAGAGUGCUACACCUGGAGGAGCCCUCUCCUCACAGCAGCUGCAGGAGAGGUACCUACAGUACUGCAGCCUCCGGAGAGGUGCUGCUGGAGCUGGCACCAGUGCUUCCCCUCCUACCCGGGAGCUCCCCUCCCUUCAGCAGAUCCGAGAGUGGUACACGCGGCGCUGCAGUCUUCGGAGUGGCGCUCCUGGUGCUGCGGACCCUGGAGUUGGAGCUGCUGCUGGUGCUGAGGACCCGGGCGGUGGAGCUACUGCUGGUGCUGAGGACCCGGCCGCUGGAGUUGGACCUGCUGCUGGUGCUGAGGACCCGGACGUUGGAGCUGCUGCUGGUACUGAGGACCCGGCCGUUGGAGUUACUACUGCUACUACUGGUGCUGAGGACCCGGGCGUUGGAGCUGCUGCUGGUACUGAGGACCCGGCCGUUGGAGUUACUACUGAUGCCGAGGACCCGGGUGUUGGCGCUGCUGCUGGUGCUGCGGACCCUGGAGUUGGAGCUACUGCUGGUGCUGAGGACCCGGGCGUUGGAGCUGCUGCUGGUACUGAGGACCCUGACGCUGGUGUCUCUACUGGUUCUGGAGACGCUGCGCGGCCGCGACCGUACUUUGUACCGCUCCUUCAGCAGGUUCUUGGUCAGACUCCUCCUCCUUGUCCUCCUUCCUCCUUAGAGUGUCCUCCGCCGCCAGUCCCGUCGCAGUCACAGUUCCCGCCUGCCUCGCCUCUUCCUGGUCCCUCUCCUUACACUGGUCCCACAGGAGGUCUUACCGAGCGUCGUGAGCCUGAGUCUCGUCCUGCGUCGCCUGUUCGCACCGCUCUCACUGGUCGUCGUGUCCCACGUGAGCGUCCCCCUCCUGUCCCUGGCACUCACUACAUGACUCUGCGUCCCUCCACUGCUCCUCAGCGUGUCCCACUGCCGUCUCCUCCUGCGUCCUCUCUACCUACUCUUCCUGACCCGGAGUCUGACUCCCGUCGUGCUGCCAGUCCCACUGUUACGCGUCUCCUCGCCACUGUUGUCACUGACCCUACCUUUGAGUCCUCUGCUGCGUCUGCUCUGGUCGCUGAGUUGGUUGACUUUGCUACCCGGUGUCGUCUAGACUACGCCGCUAGCCUUGUUGCUGAGUCUGAGUCUGUAUGUCCUCCGUCCGUCGGGGGUGAGUGUGCUCUUGGCACGGACGUCCUUGAGGACAGACAGGAGGAGUUCCAGUGCUUUGCUGCUGCUUUGCCCCAUCUCGUGUCCAUGCUAGUUGCCCCUGAGGGAGACCCGGAUGCACCAGACAUCCCGACCCCGCGCUCUUACGCUGAGGCGAUGGCGGGUCCCUACUCCUCUCAGUGGCAGACAGCCAUGGACACAGAGAUGGCUUCCUGGAAGUCCACAGGCACCUACGUCGACGAGGUUCCCCCACCUGGGGCGAACAUCGUCAGUGGCAUGUGGAUUUUCAGGGUGAAGCGGCCGCCGGGUUCUCCUCCUGUCUUCAAGGCGCGCUAUGUUGCUCGAGGCUUCAGUCAGCGAGAGGGAGUAGACUUCUUCCAGACCUUCUCCCCCACCCCGAAGAUGACUACUCUUCGGGUGCUGCUGCACAUAGCCGCUCAGCGCGACUACGAGCUUCACUCACUUGACUUCAGCACUGCUUUCUUGCAGGGCAGCCUGCACGAGGAGAUCUGGCUGCGCCGCCCUCCUGGCUUCACUGGGUCGUUUCCUCCUGGUACCCAGUGGAGGCUCCAGCGGCCGGUCUACGGUCUCCGACAGGCUCCACGUGAGUGGCACGACACACUGAGGACGACACUUGCGGCACUUGGGUUCGCACCUUCUACUGCUGACCCGUCGCUGUUUCUGCGCACCGACACUUCGCUGCCGCCGUUCUACAUCCUCGUGUACGUCGACGACUUGGUCUUUGCCACUGCUGACACUGAGGCUCUCGCCCACGUGAAGUUGGAGCUGCAGAGGAGACACACGUGCACAGACCUGGGUGAACUGACAAGCUAUCUUGGCUUGCGGAUCACCCGGGACAGAGCACGGCGCACCAUCACCUUGACUCAGUCACACAUGGUGCAGCAGAUCCUUCAGCGCUUCCGCUUCACGUACUCCUCGCCUCAGUCUACUCCUCUGCCUACCGGUCACUCGCUCUCAGCUCUGCCUUCGGAUGAGUCCGUAGAGCCGAGUGGCCCGUAUCCAGAGCUUGUGGGCUGCCUCAUGUACCUGAUGACCUGCACUCGACCUGACCUUGCAUACCCUCUUAGCAUCCUUGCACGCUAUGUCGCUCCUGGCCGUCACCGGAAGGAGCACAUGGAUGCUGCUAAGAGGGUGUUGCGUUACUUGUGCAGUACGUCGGGCAUGGGGCUAGUGCUUGGAGGGCGAGACCGAGUUGUACUCACUGGACACUCAGACGCUUCUUGGGCGGACGACCAGGCUACUCAGCGGUCGUCUCAGGGUUACACCUUCAGCCUUGGCUCCGGCUCAGUUUCUUGGCGUUCUACACGCUCUUCUUCUGUUCUCAGCUCCAGUUGUGAGGCUGAGAUCUACGCCACAGCCAUGGCGGCCCAGGAGCUACGCUGGCUGACCUACCUGCUGACCGACUUGGGAGAGCGGCCUCGUUCUCCUCCAGUGCUGUACGUCGACAACAAGGCUGCCAUUGCCUUGUGUGAGGAGCACAGACUGGAGCACAGAACGAAGCACAUCGCCCUGCGGUACUUCCUUGCUCGAGAGUUGCAGCAGCGCGGUCAGCUUUGUCUGCGUUACGUGGCCACUGAGGCCAACACUGCUGAUGUGUUCACCAAGGCGCUUCAGCCUUGUGACCAUCAGCGCUUUUGCACUCUGCUAGGCCUUGUGCCUACUGGACCUCACUUGCUUACUUCUUGA